ACAACAGCUAGCAAACGGAGCUAUUAGCAGUUUCUAGUGAUAUUAGUUAGUAGAAAAUGGACAUCAUCUUUAAAAAAUAAGUUUUUAUUGACUCUCAGAAAUAAAAAAAAAUAAGAACUCCGACUGCCUGGCAGGGAUUUAAACGAAGACGGAAGUAUGUAACAGUGAAGCAUCUCGCUUUGCUCUCAAAGUGACUUUCUUGCUGGUCUUUGUUAACUAGCUGCUAGUAUCCAGACAAGAACCUGUUCGCAAAUGUAAAUAGUGUUAAGAAUGAGGUUUUGCCAGCAGCUGAACUUUUUCUAGUGUUGCUAUGUACUGUUAAACACUCUCUUUUUUGCAACGCUUUGACCGCACGUAGAAGUUUCGUUGCCAGGUUUGGUUAUUAUCAGUAGAAACACAGCUUCGGAGUUUAAGUAACUUUACAAGAAUGCAGGUGCAGAAAGUCGUUCUCAACUCACGACCAGGUAACGAUGGGGCGCCAGUUCCUGAAAAUUUCCGCCUGGAGGAGACCACUUUAGCACCUGAGCUGAAGGAUGGGGAGGUUCUCGUUCGGACGCUUUACCUGUCAGUCGACCCUUACAUGCGCUGCAGAAUGAACGAAGACACCGGUGCCGAGUACCUGACCCCGUGGCAGCUGUCAGAGUGCGUGGAUGGUGGAGGAGUCGGCGUGGUCGAGUCCAGCUGCUGCACCACCUAUGCUGAGGGAGAUGUGGUCACUUCGUUCAACUGGCCUUGGCAGACGCAUGCUGUGAUGGCAGGGAGUGGCUUACAGAAGGUUGAUUCACAGCUGGUUGAUGGGCACUUGUCCUACUUUUUGGGUGCAGUUGGCAUAACAGGCCUCACUGCGCUGCUGGGCAUCAGAGAGAAGGGUCACGUGAUCAAAGGGGCCAAUCAGACGAUGGUGAUCAGCGGCGCAGCUGGCGCCUGCGGCUCCAUAGCUGGACAGAUCGGCCUGUUGGAUGGGUGUGUGAGGGUUGUUGGGAUCUGUGGUUCUGAUGAUAAGUGUAAGGCUCUAGUGGAAGAUCUGGGAUUCUCUGCAGCCAUCAACUAUCGCCAGGAGGAUGUUGCAGCGAGACUCAAGGAGAGCUGUCCUGGUGGCAUCGAUGUUUAUUUUGACAACGUGGGAGGAGCCAUUAGCGAUACUGUCAUAGCACAGAUGAACAAUGGCGGCCACGUCAUCCUGUGUGGGCAGAUUUCCCAGUACAACAAGGAUGUUCCGUAUCCUCCGCCCCUGAGCGAGGAGACUCAGGAAAACCUGCGGAGUAAGAACCUCACCCGGGAGCGAUUCACGGUGCUGAAUUACAUGAGUAAAUUCGACGCCGCCCUCUUUGAGCUCAGCCAGUGGGUCAAAUCAGCCCAAAUCAAGGUGCUAGAAACCGUGGUGAACGGUAUAGAAAACAUGGGAGUGGCGUUUUGUUCCAUGAUGAAAGGGGGAAACAUUGGCAAGCAAAUUAUAAAGAUAUCCGCCUGAAGAAACCCGCUGUUGUUUCCAGCAGAGGCUGCGCUCUCACCACAACCACGCCUUAGGAAAUUAACCCACAUCUGCCUGUUUAUCACCAUCAUUAACACUAACUUAAUGAACUCUAGUAAAAUAUUGCAUUAAUUACCUACGCACUGUAAGUGAAAAAUCACACAAUAUUCUGUGAAAUGUAGAAAGUGAAAUACAGACUGAAUUAUGACAUUCUUGCUUGUUGGUAUUAACCCACAAAUCACUGCCGUUAAUACUGAGACAUUAGCAGAUGUCUUCAUGAGGCUGACAAAAGGCAGGUUCUGUGAAUAAAUUCGUUGUUGCAAA